AUGACAUCCAACACCUCCCCACUCCAGCUCUCGACCGAGGAAGCGUCAACCUUGGUCUCAAAGCUGAUCCACAAACUUCUGCACAACCAAGACCAAGACGGCAAAUUCCUCCUGCCCCUCCCCGAUGGCCGUAUCAUCGACACCAAAGGAUGGGCUGGAUGGGAAUGGACUCACGGCGUUGCCCUCUACGCCCUCUUCGAGCAUUUCACCCUCACCUCCUCCUCUGAAUCUCUCUCCAUCAUCCACUCCUGGUUCUCCGAUCGCAUGGCAGAAGGAGGAACAACCAAAAACAUCAACACUAUGGCUGCCCUCCUCUCCCUCGCAUGCGUGUACGAGCUUGACCCUAACUCCCACCCUGAAUAUCGCUACUGGUUGAUCGAAUGGGCGGAGUGGGUAAUGAACGACCUACCCAAAACUGAAGAAGGCGGAUUCCAACACAUUACCUACGACAACGAGAACAAAGGUCAGGUGUGGGACGAUACGCUCAUGAUGACUGUCCUCCCACUUGCCAAGAUCGGAAAGGUACUGGGCAGGGCGAAGUAUGUCGAGGAGGCAAAGUAUCAGUUCCUUUUGCAUAUCAAGUAUCUAUAUGACCCAAAGACAGGGUUGUGGUUUCACGGAUGGACGUUUGAAGGAAGACAUCACUUUGCUGGUGCACACUGGGCUAGGGGAAACUGUUGGAUCACACUUGCUAUUCCGUUAUUCUUCCACAUUCUCGGACCGCAAGAUUCCGAUCUUGCCGACCACAAUUCUUCUUUCUCACGACACUUGAUCGGAACGCUGGACGCACAACUUGACGCUCUUGUACCGCUGCAAGAUGAAAAGACAGGCUUGUGGCAUACUCUAUUGAAGUACGACGAUUCGUAUGUCGAGUCUUCUGCUACUGCUGGGUUCGCUGCUGGUGCUUAUCUAGCGCUGCGAUUCGGGUUGAUCAAGGAUGAAGACAAGAAAAAGCAGUACGAGAAGAUGGCAGAUAAAGCACUCAAAGGAGUCCUGGAGAUGAUCGCAGAUGAUGGAGAACUGCAACAGACUUCGUUUGGUACUGCGAUGGGUCAUGAUCUGGAAUUCUACAGAAAGAUUCCCAUCACUCCAAUGCCUUAUGGCCAGGCACUGGCGUUAUUGGCUAUUGUCCAACAUAUGGCGCUGCACUCUACUACCAAAGCAUAA